AUGAGAGAAGAAUCAUGUAUUGUAUUUAUGUGCCAGGUACCGCGACUAUGGUCCCGGCGGCGCUCGGGCAAGGGCACGCCGCCGCCGUGCGUGCACUGCCGCCACCUGGAGGCGUGGCUGGCGCGCCGCCGCGACGAGCGCGCCGACCGCCCGCCGCUCUCCUCCUCCGCCGAGGACGACGACAGCGAGCUCGACAGCGAGCUGGAGUCCCCGCGCGCGCUGCUCGCGCCCCCGCCCCACCACUCGCCGCCACCCUCCCCCACAACCCUCCUGCCCCCCACACAGUCGCCGCCUCCGACCCCCGGCGCGCCGUCCUUCGAACUCCAACCCCCCAACGACGAACCCCCAAUACUCCCGCAACGCCGCCGCUCCAUAUCCCGCCAAGAAGCGUUCUUCGUCGAGCCCACCGGCAGCUCGCUCGAAAACGUCCGCGCUUCCGAAGAAAACGCCGCCAAGGACACCCUAGUCCACGACAUUUACUUAGCUGUGCCGGAUUUGAAGCGCGACCGUGCCGCGUCCGUGGACUCCUGCUUCUCUAAAGUGUCCGGAGCUCGAGCGGAGGAGUUGAAGGGAGCGGGGAACUCGCUGACGGUGCCGGUGAACGGGCUGCGCUCGCGCUCCGUGGACAUCGUGCUGCCGACGGCGGAGCAGUCGCGGUACAAGGCGCUGGCGCUGACGUCUGCGCAGGCGCCGCCCGCGCCCGUCGCGCGCGCCGUCCCGGACCUCGCCCUGCCCCCGGACGACGGACGCACGGCCGAAGAGACCGGCGGAGCGCGCGUGCUGCGCUCCACGCCCGACUGGAGCGAGGCCGCCGUCAGCGGCGAGCACCUGUGGAGCCCCACCUCAGUGGGGGAGAACUGCUACCUCGGCGACGCAGAGUGCCAGGUGAGACACACAAGGCCGGCGGCGCUCGUGCUGCGCUCCACGCCCGACUGGAGCGAGGCCGCCGUCAGCGGCGACGUGCUGCGCUCCACGCCCGACUGGAGCGAGGCCGCCGUCAGCGGCGAGCACCUGUGGAGCCCCACCUCAGUGGGGGAGAACUGCUACCUCGGCGACGCAGAGUGCCAGGUGAGACACACAAGGCCGGCGGCGCUCGUGCUGCGCUCCACGCCCGACUGGAGCGAGGCCGCCGUCAGCGGCGAGCACCUGUGGAGCCCCACCUCAGUGGGGGAGAACUGCUACCUCGGCGACGCAGAGUGCCAGGUGAGACACACAAGGCCGGCGGCGCUCGUGCUGCGCUCCACGCCCGACUGGAGCGAGGCCGCCGUCAGCGGCGAGCACCUGUGGAGCCCCACCUCAGUGGGGGAGAACUGCUACCUCGGCGACGCAGAGUGCCAGGUGAGACACACAAGGCCGGCGGCGCUCGUGCUGCGCUCCAUGCCCGACUGGAGCGAGGCCGCCGUCAGCGGCGAGCACCUGUGGAGCCCCACCUCAGUGGGGGAGAACUGCUACCUCGGCGACGCAGAGUGCCAGGUGAGACACACAAGGCCGGCGGCGCGCGUGCUGCGCUCCACGCCCGACUGGAGCGAGGCCGCCGUCAGCGGCGAGCACCUGUGGAGCCCCACCUCAGUGGGGGAGACCUGCUACCUGGGAGAUGCAGAGUGCCAGGUGAGACACACAAGGCCGGCGGCGCUCGUGCUGCGCUCCACGCCCGACUGGAGCGAGGCCGCCGUCAGCGGCGAGCACCUGUGGAGCCCCACCUCAGUGGGGGAGACCUGCUACCUCGGCGACGCAGAGUGCCAGAAACUGGGCCCCCGCAUGCGUUGCUCCGCGUGCCGCAUCGUCGCGCACCAGGGCUGCAUCGACGUGAUGCUGGAGCGGCACCCGUUCGCGUGCAAGCCCACCUUCCGCGACGUGGGCGUGCGCCAGUACCGCGAGCAGACCGUCACGCACCACCACUGGGUGCACCGCCGCAGCGAGAAGGGCAAGUGCAAGGCUUGCGGGAAGUCGCUGCGGCGCCGCUGCUGCCGGGGAUGCACGCAGGCGCAGCACUCUGUAGACUCCGCUAAUGAGAUAAACCCUGACUCCGAUAUUGCACUGCAGGCGAAGCUGUCGUUCAGCUCCAAAGAGAUCGUGGCCCUGAGCUGCUCCUGGUGCAAGGACGCCUACCACAACAAGGAAAGCUGCUUCAAUCUGCAACGAAUAGGGGAACAAUGCUCACUUGGUGUCCAAAGCAAUAUCAUCGUCCCGCCAUCAUGGAUUGUAAAACUCCCUAGAAGAGGCAGCUUCAAAUCGUCGCUAAGAAAAUCUCCAAAGAAGAAAAACGCCUCUAAAAAGAACGGGAAGGGUUCGAAAAACGAGCAAAGAACGUUUGUGAUCAAGCCGAUACCUACCGGGGAUGUGAAGCCGGUGCUGGUGUUCAUAAACCCGAAGAGUGGGGGGAACCAGGGGGCCAAGUUGCUGCAGAAGUUUCAGUGGCUGUUGAACCCUCGACAGGUGUUUGAUCUUACGCAGGGAGGGCCGGGACCAGGGUUGGAGAUGUUCCGCAAGGUGCCAAACCUGCGCGUGCUGGCGUGCGGCGGCGACGGCACCGUGGGCUGGGUGCUGAGCGUGCUCGACCGCAUCGGGACCCGGCCGGCCGUGGGCGUGCUGCCGCUCGGCACCGGCAACGAUCUGGCGCGCGCGCUCGGCUGGGGCGGGGGUUACGAAGACGAGCCGAUCUCCAAGAUCCUGAGCAACAUCGGGAACAGUGACACGGUGCUCCUGGACCGCUGGGAGCUGAAGGUGGAACCGAACCCGGCGGGCGCGGCCGGCUGCUCCGGCGAGGAACUCAGCCAGGCCAAGCCGGACCUGCCGCUCAACGUCGUCAACAACUACUUCUCCUUCGGGGUCGACGCGCACAUAGCCCUGGAGUUUCAUGAAGCUAGAGAGGCGCACCCGGAGAAGUUCAACUCGCGGAUAAGAAACAAGCUGUUCUACGGCACGGCGGGUGGCAAGGACCUGAUGUUCCGCAAGUGGAAGGGGCUGGCCGACUGCAUCGAGAUGGAGUGCGACGGCCGCGACAUCACGGCCACGCUGCGAGAGCUCAGGGUCCAUGCUAUUGUCUUACUCAACAUUCCAAGCUACGGCGGCGGCACGCGGCCGUGGAACAAGUCGGGCCGCUCGCAGCAGGCCUCCACGGAGGACGGGCUCAUCGAGGUGGUGGGGCUCACCACCUACCAACUGCCUCUACUACAAGCCGGUGCGCACGGCACCUGCAUCACGCAGUGCAAGACGGCGCGCAUCGUCACGUCCAAGGUCAUCCCCAUGCAGGUUGACGGCGAGGCGGCGCGACUAGCGCCCUCUAUCAUCACCGUCUCGCGGCUCAACCAGGCACUUAUGCUGGCCAAGAGGAAAGCUGGACGGACGAAUGCACUGCAAAUGAAGUUAGACAAACUUUCUCUCAGCGUGAAUCUCAUUAACAUGGCGGACUACGAGCGACAUCAUUACGAGAAGGAGCUACUCGCCGCGACAGCGGAGAAGCUGUUCACUUUAGCAGUGGACCCCGCCGCGGACCUGGAAAUGAUGCGCGGCCUCAUACAGAAUAUGCUGCAGGAAUCUCAAGCGCACUCCAACCUCAGCGACUGGUGGUUCAUCGACUCGGUAACGGCCGAGCGAUUCUUCCGCAUCGACAAGGCGCAAGAGAACCUCCACUACGCGACGGACAUCGGCAACGAGACCAUCUACAUCCUGGACCCGGCGCCGGCCACGCCGGACACCGAGUCCACCGCGCCGGUCACCUCGGCCUCGCUCGACCGCUCGGGGCCCUCCACCUCGCUCGAGACCUCCGCAGGCCUCUCCGUCUCGCUCGACAUCUCGCAGAGCGUCGACACGCCCAGCGCGGGCGUCUCGCUCGACGUGCCUGAAUCUCACGCUAGUGAAUCCGGCCUCGGCAGUGCGGCCCGCACCGAAGAGAUGCUGACUCCUCAAACGCCCCCGCCGUCCUACCCCGCGCCCCAAACCCCCAAAAGUCCGAAAAGCCAAGCCCCGCUGCCCCCCAAGCGAGCCCCCACGCCCAAGAUGCAGCCCCCUCCCACUCCUAAGCACUCGGCCCCGAAACCGUCUUCCUCGGUGCAGGAUUCCUCCUCGCCCCCGCUCUGCACCAGCCCGCUCUCUAAAGAGAACCCGCCGUCACAAGAAGCCAUCGCCAGGUUCAAAACAAACUUAUUGGAAAAAACCUCAGAAGCCCUCCUGAAAGCUGCAAAAAAUGGAGAUUUAAAAAUGUUGAAGGAGCUCCACUCGGCGGGCUACUCGCUGCUCUCGAUCGACGCGAGCGGGCAGACGGCGCUGCACGUCGCGGCGCGGUACGGCAACAAGGAGAUCGUCAAGUACCUGAUCGCGAGCGCGCCCACCGCCAUCCUCAACAUGCGCGACAACGAGCGCGGACAGACGGCGCUGCACAAGGCGGCGGCGUUCAAACGACGCGCGGUGUGCUGCAUGCUGGUGGCGGGCGGCGCCAGCCUGGCGCACGCCGACCACGCCGGCCUCACGCCGCGCCACCUCGCGCUGCGCGCCGAGGACCAGGACCUGGCCGCCUAUCUGGAGAGUCAGGAGCACUUUCAAUUAGUCUCAGAAGACACGGAAACUCCGGUCUGAAAGUACGAACUUACAGCCCGGGACCGGGCGGCGAAACGACCCUUCGAGCACUUGAACUCGCGGUACCAAUUUGCGCUCUUUUUUGAGAAUAUCUUACAUAAUACUAUUAAAUUAUACUCCUUACACCAGAGUGAUAUUUAGAGUUUUUGACAAUUAUAAUGUUUCAUAGAAUCUUGAACAAUUUGUUAAGUACUUUAAAUAAAGUGUGAUGUGAGUGUGAACGUAGCUUCAAGCUAUCGAGUUGAUUUGAAAAUGAAUAAGUAAGUAUGUCAAGAUAUUCGUUUAAGGAUCUUAUUUUAUGUAAAAUGUUGCAUAUCAUGCAUAAGGACUCAUUAAUAAACAAUAUAAAGAAACUUGACGGUACAAGUUAUAUAACAAAAUAAAUGCAAUUUGGUUUGAAUCCCCACACAUACAAACGCCUUGUCGAAAUAUUAGAAUUACGAGUGUCGUCUUAUAUUCUGUGUAUUUCACGAAAGCUUAUUAUAACCUGAAAUAAACGGCAAUGCCAGUUCAUACUAAUAGCGUAAGUGCGUUUUCUCAUCAUCCGAUCCGAUAUCGGAUGUAGGACCGAUAUCCGAUACAUUACAGGCGCCAUCUUGGAUUCUUUCCAUUGAAAUCCUUCCGACAUCCGAUAUCGGAUCGGAUAAUGUGAAAACGGACUAAGGGCCCAUUUAGACGGUGCCAGAACUCGCAUGCUACUUUCCCUACGUUGCGGUAUUUGAUUGGUGUAAAUCUCUAAAUAGGCCCUUAGUUCGGAACCCACAAUACACAGCAGUGGCAAAAUUAACGACUUAACCAAUUAAUCUAUCAAAGUCAGGACGUGUGGAGGUGGAAUAGUAAUUAAUUGGUGAAAUUAUAUGACUAUUAUGUAUUGGUAUAAUACAUACCUCUAAACUCCAUUAUGCCGUUAAUGUAUCCAAAGUAGUUGACUCGUAUAUUAGUUUAAGCAUAUCUUUAUUUGUUCUAGGAGACAUAUAAUUAGGCUAAUAAUAGCCUAUUACAUAUGUAUUGCAAUUCAGUAAUUUCACAACCAUUAACAUUUCGUAAAUGGAGAGCUUUACGUAAUACUUCAAUAACUAAAUCAGAGCUUCAAUAUGUACGACAGUGUCAUAAUAAUAAAUUGCAAUUAUAUACCUAUUGUUAUAAUAUACUAAAUAGAUCUGAUUAUAAUGAUGGUCGGGUGGAACCAUAAUUAUGUGCAUUUCAUGUGGUUUCAAGUAUAGACGAAUAAGAACAAACAAAGAAAUAACACCGGCUA